UUUUCAAGACAGGCAAAAACUGAGUACAUUAUUAUAAUAUGAUACAUUUUAUUUAUAUCAGUGCAGUUACUGUGCGCUUCUUCAAAUUAUCGAAAGGACAAUAGAUUCCAAUACUUUUUUGUAGUAUUCCUGUUCCGAGCUGUAAAUUAUUGUUCCGGUUUUUACGCUCGCCAGUUAGUGAUUUUAUGUUUACUUUUUUAGGAAAGGUAGAUAAAUAUUCUGUAUUAGUUCUAAUUACACAAACCAUUUGUUUAGUUAUUUUGUUGUACUGUUUUAACUAACGAUUAAUGUUAAAAGAGGUUCAAGUUCCAAAACUUUAAAACUUUUCUUUCACAUUAUGGCUGAAAAGAUUUCUCGUCGUCAUAGUAUUACGAAAGCCAAAAGUGAGUUUCAGAUUAGUCGGUGUAAAAAACGUACAGCAAAGACUAGUCAGUCGUCAGCACGAGUUCGAGAUAUUUUGAAAAAAAAAUUAAGUUCUAACGUUAACCAUGUCUGCUGUGAGAUAAGCACAUCACUUGAGUGUUUUGCUGAAGAAGCGAGGCAUCUUGAAGAUUUAUUAUGGAGAACAGUUACUUUGGGUGAAAGCAAUUCAUUGCUUAUUAUUGGUCCUCGGGGAUGUGGAAAAUCAUCAGUAAGUUAUAAAAAUAUUUUGGAAUUUAGGCUGUUU